AUGCUGGAUUUUCAUCGAUUUCAUGUGACUCAUAUCUGCAUAUUAAAUUUCAGUGGCGUAGCAUUAGAUUAUUUGGAGGCUGGACUCUCGUUCCCAGUUGGCCGUAUUCAUCGCUUGAUGCGCAAAGGAAACUACGCACAACGCAUUGGCGGCGGUGCGCCAGUAUACUUGGCCGCAGUACUUGAAUAUCUCGCGGCCGAGAUACUAGAAUUGGCCGGGAACGCGGCACGCGACAACAGAAAAUCACGAAUCGUUCCUCGUCACUUGCAAUUGGCUAUUCGUAACGAUGAUGAAUUGAACAGGUUAUUGGGUCAUGUGACUAUUGCUCAGGGUGGUGUUUUGCCUAAUAUUCAUUCGUCAUUGCUACCAAAAAAAGACGAUAAAAAGGAAUCUAAUGGAGUGACCAAAAGAAAAGUCACUGCCACUCGAGUCCCGCCACCUAACAAUAAUUUCUCUGAUGAUGAGGGUGACAAUGGUCACGAAAGCGAUUAA